AUGCCACCUCCAGGCGCCCCCAUUCCCGAACUCGGGGAGUUUAUUAUCGCCAACAAGGACAAGCUGAAGAAAAAAGGCUCCGAGGCAGAGAUGAACAAAUUGCUGACGGCAAUAAAACUGGCGGCGAAGGUGGUAAACCGCGAAAUCAACAUGGCGGGUUUAGUGGAUAUCUUGGGGGCAGCGGGUAAUCAAAACAUUCAAGGCGAGGAUCAACAAAAAUUGGAUAUUUUUGCGAACCGGAAAUUUAUCCAGGCACUCGUGAAUAGAGAAGUUGUUUGUGGGAUUUGUACGGAAGAGGAUGACGACUUUAUUGCUGUCAACCCCAAUUGCCACCUGGUCCUUCUAAUGGACCCUCUAGACGGCUCGUCUAACAUUGAUGUGAACGUCUCGGUGGGCACUAUUUUUUCGAUUUUCCAGCGGCUUUCUCCAGUAGGUCAACCAGUGGAAAAGAGAGACUUCUUGCAACCUGGAAGGGAACAACUCGCUGCUGGAUACGUGUUGUAUGGCUCUAGCACGAUGCUGGUCAUGACUGCGGGAUCAGGCGUUCAUGGAUUUACCCUCGACCCCUCGCUCGGAACAUUUUUCCUUUCUCAUCCCAACAUGCACUUCCCAGAGAAGGCCAAGAUCUACAGCGUGAACGAAGGCAAUUACAAGGCCUUUCCUGAGGGUGUGAAGAGCUUUAUUGAGAUUGCACAUGGAGGAGAGAAGGGCCCAUUCUCUCUUCGGUACAUCGGCAGUCUGGUGUCGGACUUUCAUAGAAAUCUUUUGCAGGGAGGCAUCUACAUGUAUCCACCGACCAAGAAAGACCCGAAGGGAAAGCUGCGGCUUUUGUACGAGUGCAAUCCUAUGGCGAUGUUAGCCGAGCAGGCAGGGGGCCGCGCUACAGAUGGCUUCGAUAGGAUUCUGGAUAUAAUACCUCAGGACUUGCAUCAGCGGGUGCCCCUCUUUGUUGGGUCGUCUUCCCUCGUAGAUCAGGUGACGGAGCUCAUGGGGGCGAAGAGCCCCGAGUGUAGAUUGCACGCCAGCAUACUGGCUCCCAAGGAAGAGAAAUAA